CCAAGGACUGUGCGCAUGCGUGAGCAGGAGGGCGCGUGGCGGGUAACGGUAGCUGUAGGCCUUCUACACGCAGUUGUUCUGUUAAACCGGCCACUCAGUUGGUGUCGCGAGAUUUCCAAAAUGGCAUCAGUCAAAGAAAAACUAAUUGAGAAUUUUUUUAAAGAAGAGACAUCUGCUCAAAAUAAGGUCACCAUUGUUGGGUGUGGUGCAGUUGGCAUGGCAUGUGCCAUCAGUAUCUUAAUGAGGGGCUUAACUGAUGAACUCGCUCUUAUUGACGUCAUGGAAGACAAACUGAAGGGAGAGAUGAUGGAUCUCCAACAUGGCAGCCUUUUCUUUAGUACCCCAAAGAUUGUCUCUGGCAAAGAUUCCAGAGUAUCAGUCAAUUCCAAGAUAAUAAUUGUCACUGCAGGUGCACGCCAGCAGGAGGGAGAAAGUCGCCUGAAUUUGGUCCAGCGUAAUGUGAACAUCCUGAAAAGUAUUAUUCCUGAUAUGGUAAAAAGUAGUCCUAACUGCAAACUCCUUGUUGUUUCUAAUCCAGUGGACAUUCUGACAUAUGUCACCUGGAAGCUGAGUGGCUUGCCCAAAAACCGAGUUAUUGGAAGUGGAACUAAUUUGGACUCUGCCCGUUUCCGUUUCCUAAUUGGGAGUAGACUGGGUGUCAAUCCAGUAAGCUGUCAUGGUUGGGUUAUUGGGGAGCAUGGCGAUUCUAGUGUGCCUGUAUGGAGUGGAGUAAAUAUCGCUGGUGUUUCCUUGAAGAGUCUACACCCCAGUUUAGGAACUGAUGAAGAUAAGGAGCACUGGAAAACUGUUCAUAGACAGGUGGUUGAAAGUGCUUAUGAGGUCAUCAAGCUGAAGGGAUAUACUUCGUGGGCAAUUGGCCUGUCUGUGGCAGAUUUGGUAAGAACUAUGAUGAAUAAUCUUAGAAGAGUGCAUCCGGUUUGCACCAUGAUCAAGGGCCUAUAUGGAAUAAAUGAAGAAAUCUUUCUUAGCGUCCCUUGUAUCUUGGGACACAGUGGUAUCACAGAUAUAGUGAAGCUAAAUCUGAAUCCUGAGGAGGAACAUCAUUUAAAGAAGAGUGCAGAUACCCUCUGGGAUAUUCAGAAAGAUCUGAAAUUCUAAACCCUUUUCAGCAGACAGUAUGAAAAUAGUUAAAGGAUUAUAUAUGAUGCACUAUUCAAAUAAAGUAAACAUUUCAUAUGAUCUGUGAUUAAACACCAAGAGUAAAAUAGAAAUGU